UCAGGGAUAGACUUCAAGAUUAAAACUGUUGAAUUACAAGGAAAGAAGAUCAAGCUACAGAUAUGGGACACAGCGGGGCAGGAACGAUUUCACACCAUCACCACCUCCUAUUACAGAGGUGCCAUGGGAAUCAUGCUAGUAUAUGACAUCACCAAUGCCAAGAGCUUUGAAAACAUCAGCAAGUGGCUCAGAAACAUAGAUGAGCAUGCCAAUGAAGAUGUGGAGAGGAUGCUGUUAGGAAACAAGUGUGACAUGGAAGAUAAAAGAGUUGUUCCUAAAGCAAAAGGUGAACAGAUUGCUAGGGAGCAUGGUAUUAGGUUUUUCGAAACUAGUGCAAAAGCAAAUAUAAACAUUGAGAAGGCAUUCCUCACAUUAGCAGAAGACAUUCUCCGAAAGACUCCUGUAAAAGAGCCCAACAGUGAAAAUGUAGAUAUCAGCAGUGGAGGUGGGGUGACAGGCUGGAAGAGCAAGUGUUGCUGAACGUUCUCCUAUAUCACCAAUCGCCAUCCACCGCCCCUUUUUUCUCGCUGCAAAACAAACCACUCUGCCCGUUUUUUAACCUUAAACCAAUGUUUUGUUCCUCAUCUUAACGAGCUCCUGUCUCCCUUUGGUUUUCCGUUUAGGACAGCUUGCGUACUCUAAUUUCCUCAACAACAUGUAUAGGAAAAUCAUCCCUGUGACUUCAUUUUUUAAUGUACCUGCUCCACUUACCACUACGUUUUGGUUGUAUUAUAGUCCCGUUCCUCCUGACAUUAAAACAUAUAGCAAUCAUAUUCAACUCUACUCUGCAAAUUGUAUAAGAAUAAAAGUUAGAAUUAACAAUUUAUUUUGUACAACAGUGGAAUUUUCUGUCAUGGAUGAUGUGCUUGAGUCACCGUAUUCUCUAGAUGCAUCAGCCAGAGAGCCAGGAACACUCUCGUUUUCGCCUUGAGUCUGUGAAUGGGGUUUGUUUUGUCCUGUGCCUUAUGUGGAAAGGAACUUUUAGUUUCACUUUUCGUUUCUUUUCUUCUGGUGGAAGCAUGUGCAGGAGACGUACCAUCCAUACUUGACCAUUUUAAAAUACCGAACUCUUUUGUGAUUGCUUUCUGUAAUUGUUGGUGUAAUGCAUCGAGGACAAAGGGUGGUGCAAAAACAAAAAACAAAUGACAUUUAAUCUGCUGUGUCUCCUUUUUGGUGAUCUAGCCAUUCAAAUGUUCCUGCUGCCAUUUUUUUUCCUCACUUGCGGCUCUUUCCUUUUGCUUGCAUGCUGCUUUUAUUUGCAUUUCUUCAUGGUGUGAUGUGUUAAUUAAAAGGAUGGCAACGUGGUAUGUUUGCCAAAAAUUUAAUACAAAGCACUGAUUUAGCUUUCAAGGUUAAAAAUGUCAAAGAUACCUACUAAUUUCCCUCUAGGCAAUGUCAGUCCACUAGUAUAUCUUCUCUCUCCUCCUGCAUAGCCGUUGGGUUUUAUGAUAUGGAAGAGUUCUUUGCAUGCACUAGUUUUCUAUGGAGGGUGAUGUGGUUGUCUAUGUGUAUGAAUAUAACAUGCAAUUCCCAAACUGACAGCAGUUAACACGA